AUGCAUCACAUCUGCACGAUCUGCGAAUCUCCUUUCCUACUCGACUCCGACUCUGCCACGGUCGACACCGAAACCGUUGUGACCACGUGCGGACAUAUCUUCCACCGGGGCUGCUUCGAGGUCCAGGCCGGGUCGGCAGCGGCGACGUGCCCUGCAUGCUCCGCCCCUUGCCGGGAAAAAGACAAGCUGAUCAAGCUUUUCAUAUCUUAUGACGAAGACGACUAUGACCGGAACCUGUUGAAAGACGUACUGAGCGUUAGCGCCACAUCUUCCGAGCUCAAACAACUGGAGGAGCAGUCGAAUCUCGUCAGCUUGAACAGGAGGAACGAGUUCCUACAAGAGGAACAUCAAUUCAACCAGCUUCAGGUGAACAAUUGGUGUCGUCACGUCAAGGAGGUAGAAGCACGGUCUCAGGCAUACGAGAAACGUCUCAAGCGCAUUCAGGAUAGAUUAGACGAGAUGGAGGCUGAAUGCAAGAAGCUCGAAGAACAGUAUCGUAAUGUGUAA